AUGUUGCAUAGCUUUCAGAGAACUAGGAAAGUAAUGGUGGACUCUCAUGAAGCACAGAGACAGAUAAUGUUUGAGGCAAAUUCCUUCACCGGCCCUGCGUAUGAGAAAUUCUGCAAUGAUGCCCAGCGGCAUGCUACUCUCAAGCUGGAGGUCGAGCUUAGGAACUGGAGGUCCUGCUUCGUGAGCUACGUCAGUGCUCAGAAGGCGUACAUCGAAGCCCUUGAUGGUUGGUUGUCCAAGUUCAUGCUCACGGACACCAUCCGUUAA